UUACGAGAAGAACUCUUAUGUAAGAUGUCAGAACCAGUUAGAGAUUGUGGCCAUAAAGUCACUAUUGUCGGCGCUGGUAUGGUCGGCGUUGCUCUCGCUAAUUCACUUCUCUUUCAGCGAAUCACUUCGCAUAUCGCAAUGGUAGACGUCUUUCCUAAAAAGCUGGAAGGUGAAGGAAUGGACUAUAGCCAUAGUUCUGUGUUCAUAGGAGAUCCAAAGAUCGAGUUUGAUACAGAUUUCUGUGUGACGAGUAAUUCGAAAGUCGUAGCUAUUUGCGCGGGCGUAAGACCAGUGAAGAGCGAAACUCGACUUGACCUGGUGAAAAGAAAUACAGAAAUAUUGAAAACCAUAAUACCACCUCUAGUAAAUUACAGUCCAAACGCGGUGUUUAUCGUCGUCAGCAAUCCAGUGGAUAUUUUGGCAUGGAUUACCUGGAAAUUAAGCGGACUUCCAGUUCAUCAAGUAAUCGGCAGCGGAACUCAUCUGGAUAGCGCAAGAUUUCGCUAUCUGAUUGCUGAUCGAUUAGGAAUAGCCCCAAGUUCGGUCCAAGGGUACAUGAUUGGUGAACACGGGGACAGCAUGGUUCCGCUCUGGUCUGGAGUGAACGUUGCGGGUGUGCAGUUCCGCGAUAUUAUUCCGAAUAUCGGUCUGGAGACGGACGACGAAAGAUGGUUCGAAAUAGCAAAACAUGUAGUAAAGCUAGGUGCCAUGGUACGAUGUCUAAAAGGAUAUUCAAAUACAGCCAUUGGACUUUCUGCAGCUGACAUUAUAAUAGCAAUCUUACGCAAUACGCAGGCUAUUAUACCAGUUUCAACCCUAGUGCAGGGUCACCAUGAUGUAUGCCAUGAUAUGUUCCUGUCCUUACCUUGCGCAAUCGGCGAAAAUGGUAUCACGCAGAUAGUACGAAUGCACAUGACCGAGCAUGAGAAAAAGCUGUUCCAGCUUUCGGCGAACGUCGUAUACAACGUGCAGAAGGACAUCAAAGUCAAGUCUUGAGUAGUGGCGCGCGGAAAGGGAUCGUGCGAACGUGUUGUAAUUUCCUUUAAAAAAAAUGCGAGUAUAAUAAAU